AUGGGCGGCCUGGGCCGCUCGUGCCUGUGGCUGCGCCGGGAACUGUCGCCCCCGCGGCCGCGACUCCUGCUCCUGGACUGCCGCAGCCGCGAGCUGUACGAGUCGGCGCGCAUCGGCGGGGCGCUGAGCGUGGCUCUGCCCGCGCUGCUGCUGCGCCGCCUGCGGCGGGGGAGCCUGUCGGUGCGCGCGCUCCUGCCCGGGCCGCCGCUGCAGCCGCCCCCGCCCGCCCCGGUGCUCCUGUACGACCAGGGCGGGGGCCGGCGCGCGCUCGGGGAGGCCGAGGAGUGGGAGGCCGAGUCGGUGCUGGGCACCCUGCUGCAGAAGCUGCGCGAGGAGGGCUACCUGGCCUACUACCUGCAGGGUGGCUUCAGCAGGUUCCAGGCUGAGUGCCCCCACCUGUGUGAGACCAGCCUCAGCAGCCGAGGUGGCCCAGGCGCAGCCCUGAUGCCCGGCCCGGUGGUGGGGCUGGGGGGCCUGUGCCUGGCAUCCGACUGCUCGGACGCGGAGUCGGAGCCCGACCGUGACCCCAUGAGCUGCGGCCUGGAUUCGGAGAGCACCACGCCGCCCCCAGUGGGGCUGCUGCCCUCCUUCCCUGCCCAGAUCCUGCCCAACCUCUACCUGGGCAGUGCCCGAGAUUCGGCCAACGUGGAGAGCUUGGCCAAGCUGGGCAUCCGCUACAUCCUCAACGUUACCCCCAACCUCCCUAACCUCUUUGAGAAGAACGGCGGCUUCCACUACAAGCAGAUCCCCAUCUCCGACCACUGGAGCCAGAACCUGUCCCAGUUCUUCCCGGAGGCCAUCGCCUUCAUCGAUGAGGCCUUGUCCCAGAACUGCGGGGUGCUCGUGCACUGCCUGGCGGGCGUCAGCCGCUCUGUCACCGUCACCGUGGCCUACCUCAUGCAGAAGCUCCACCUCUCGCUCAACGAUGCCUACGACCUGGUCAGGAGGAAGAAGUCCAACAUCUCGCCCAACUUCAACUUCAUGGGGCAGCUGCUGGACUUCGAGCGCAGCCUGCGCCUGGAGAGACGCUCCAGGGUGCAGGGCGGCGGGGAGCAGGAGUCGGCUGACUCCGACCCCCCCUCCUUCUUCACCACCCCCACCACCGACGGUGUGUUCGAGCUGGACCCCACCUAG